AUGACUGCCGACCAAGCUGAGACUCAAUCAAAUCACUCUGCCAAGAACCCCAAGGAUUCUUAUCAUCUAGAGGAGGUUCUCUCCAACGAUGACAAGAAAAGUGGCAUGAACUACGAUCGUGUGGAUCCUGAAGUCGCCAAGUACGCAAGUGAAAAAGUCAUUCCCAUUGACGACGAAACCAAUAAGAGGCUUAAACGUUUGAUUGAUCGACGGGUGCUGGUCAUCAUUGUCUUCACAUACUUUUUACAAGCUUUGGAUAAGGGAACCUUAGCCUUUUCGUCCAUCAUGAACUUGCCUAAGGACGCUGGUUUAGUGGGACAACAGUAUGCCUGGCUAACAACAUGUAUCUACAUCGCUAUCUUGAUUGUGGAAUACCCGCUGAACUGGAUCAUUCAAAGAGUUCCUAUCGGCAAAUUUUUGUCCUUCAACAUCAUAUGUUGGUCCAUUGUCCUUGCCAUGCACGCCCUAUGCAAAAAUUUUGUCAGUCUUCUGGUCGUUCGCACAUUGCUUGGUAUUUUUGAAGCAAGCUGUCAGCCCAUCUUCAUUGCACUUUCUAGUAUGUGGUACAGGAGAGACGAGCAGGCUCAGAUCGUCACAUACUGGUAUGUAAUGAAUGGGUUCCAACAGAUAGUGGGCGGUCUUCUCGCCUAUGCCUUUACAAACAUCACGUCUGGUCCGUUGAAGUCUUGGCAAGCUCUCUUCUUAACAUAUGGGUCCUUUUCGUUCAUUUGGGGUGUGAUUGUCCUUUUCAUCAUGCCUGACAGUCCUAUGAGAGCCAAAUGUUAUACUGAGGAAGACAAGAAGUUGAUGAUUGAGCGUGUUCGAAGUAAUCAAACCGGUUUACAAAACCGGACAUUCCGAAAAGAACAGUUCUUCGAAGCUUUCCGCGAUCCUCAAGUCUGGGCUUACGGUCUCAUCUCCUUCCUUACAACUGUCCCCACAUCUGGUCUGGGAGCUUUUGCUAAUAUCAUUAUUACUGGAUUUGGAUUCACUGUCUUGCAAACUCAGUUGUUAGCCAUGGUCUUGGGUUCAUAUAUUAUGAUUGUAUGUCUCUCUUCAAUGUACCUGGCCAAGAGAUACAAUCAAACUUUGCUUAUCAUGACGGCAUACUGUGUCCCGAGCAUUGUCUGUACCGUUGUCCUGAUGACCGUUCAAAACACAAGCAUGUCUACCAAGGUUGGCCUACUCCUAAGUUACUACCUGGUCUUGUCUUUCUGGGCUGCUUCUACUCUGUGUAUGUCCCUACUGACUCGUAACGUUGGUGGACAAACCAAGAAGGCUACUGCCACCGCUAUAAACUUUAUCCUUUGGGCUACUGGAAAUGCUAUUGGACCACAAGUUUUCCAGGCAGUGGACGCUCCUCGAUAUAUCCGAGGAUUCGGUGCCCAUUUAGCAUGCUAUGGUGUAUUGUUCGGCGUCAUGUUGGGACUUCGUUUCUAUUUCAUCCAUCAGAAUGCUAAGAAGGCUAAGGUGCUUCAGGCUCAAGAAGAACAAAAGGAUGUAGAACUGACUCACUCGUUCGAUGACUUGACAGAUAUGCAGAAUCCCAACUUUGUAUAUAUUUAUUAA